UGCAUUUAAUUUGGAAGAGUACAGUAAAUUGUUACUUAUAAUAGUUCAAAUCAUUAAUUGUUGUUGUUGUUAUUUAUGACUAAUUUCUGCUCUUUCUCUCUUUUCAGUGUCAUUUGCUGUACAUGUGGAAUUGCAAAGCCUGUUCAGUUGUUGUACCAAGAUGACAUUGAUGCAGCUCGUGAACUUGCCAUCAAAGGACUCUGUAUCUAUCUUAAUGAGGACCCUAAAGAUCUCAUUCAGGAGUAUGUGGACAUGGAAGAAGAUCUUUUACAGAGUGCCAUUGAGAAGACCACCAUGGGCAUCGUCGUGAUAAAGGACACUGCAGACAAUGAAGCCCAUGAUGUGGGAAUUGUGCUAGAGGGUGUGGCAGUGCUUCAGGACCUUGACAGUGUGACUUUUGCAACGUCAAUGUUGUUCGGUCUAAUUUAUGCUCUUAACCUGCAGUGCCCCACAAAGUUGCGUUUUACUUUUGAAAUUCUGCAAAAGCGCAUCAUGGAGUUGGAUGUAGGUGAACUCUCUAUCAAGGACAUGGAAGAAGAUCUUUUACAGAGUGCCAUUGAGAAGACCACCAUGGGCAUCUUCGUGAUAAAGGACACUGCAGACAAUGAAGCCCAUGAUGUGGGAAUUGUGCUAGAGGGUGUGGCAGUGCUUCAGGACCUUGACAGUGUGACUUUUGCAACGUCAAUGUUGUUCGGUCUAAUUUAUGCUCUUAACCUGCAGUGCCCCACAAAGUUGCGUUUUACUUUUGAAAUUCUGCAAAAGCGCAUCAUGGAGUUGGAUGUAGGUGAACUCUCUAUCAAGGCCCAAAAUCUAAAAUCUAAACUCCAUCAGUGA